CGCCUGUCUUAACUGCGCGGUGGCUUGUGGGUGUGUGUGCGUCGAAGUAAAAUGGCGGACUUGGCGAACGAAGACAAGCCUGCCAUAGCGCCUCCGGUGUUUGUUUUUCAAAAAGAUAAAACACAGAAGCGAUCUGCAGAGGGCUCAAGUGCAGAGGAUGGAGAAGAUUCAGAUAAAGACGAGACAAACUACUUCCCUCCAGUGAAAAGGGAGAGGACUUCAUCAUUUCCGCCGUUACAGUCUGUUCCCAAGAACAAUGUAUUCAUGCCCCCCAGUUUCUGCCAGUCUCCCACUGGGAACUCGGACUCGGAGCCAGAGGAGAAGCCGGUCGGGUUCCGACUAAAGCCGCCAACUCUCAUACAUGGGCAAGCGCCCAGUUCAGGUGUGCCAAGUCAGAAACCGAAAGAGCAACAACGCAGUGUUCUGCGACCUGCAGUUCUUCAGGCACCACCUUCCAAAUCCCACACAGAGUCCAACUCCACUUGUGGAACCAACGGUGUGAAGAAGUCGUCAGACGACCCUUCAGUCCCUCUGUCCCUUUUCUUGAACAACACAGAGCACUCAGCCACCCCGAACACGUCACUGAAACAUGAAAAUGAGGACAAAGGCCCUAGUGACGUUAAAGAUGAAGGAGGAAGCGAGAAAGAGGAAGGAGAUGUAGCAAAUUCUUUCGUAUUUGGUCAGAAUAUCAAAGACAGAGCAAAGUUGGACCAGAACAGCACAGAAGAAGAAAAAACGGAAAAAAAGGACCACCUUCCAGGAGACACUCAAUCAGAGGGAACAAAUUAUUUCUUGCAGUACAUCUCAACCCCAAGUUCAAAUAAUGCUACAAAUAGUUCAGAAAGUGGGGCGAAAUUUGUGUUUGGGCAAAACAUGUCUGAACGGGUUUUGAGUCCUCCCAAGGGUGAGACCGCCAAUGAAGAAAGUAAAGAGGUUUCAGAGGGUUCAGAGCCCCCUACACAGGAGGCCACCCCAGAGAAGGGCGUGAACUGUGUGUCAGAGUCUUUGGAGGAGUCUGCCGCUGCCUACACCAAAGCCACAGCCAAGAAGUGCAUUUUAGAGAAAGUGGAAGUAAAAACUGGCGAAGAAUCAGAAAGCAAUGUUUUACAGAUGCAGUGCAAGUUGUAUGUCUUCGAAAAGACGGCGCAGUCAUGGAUAGAGCGAGGGCGGGGUUUACUGAGGCUUAAUGACAUGGCCUCGACGGACGAUGGCACGUUACAGUCGCGUCUAGUGAUGAGGACCCAGGGUAGCCUCCGGUUGAUCCUCAAUACUAAACUUUGGCCCCAGAUGCAGGUGGACAAGGCAAGCGAUAAGAGUGUACGGGUCACUGCCACGGACACAGAAGACCAGGGGGUCAAGGUCUUCCUAAUAUCGGGUAGCUCAAAGGAUGUGGGUCAGCUGGCAGCAGCUUUGCAUCACCGGAUCUUGGCCUUAAAGAGCCGGGUGGAGCAGGAGCCCGAAGCCCCCGUGCCGACCAUUCCCGAGGCCGAGGUGCCGCAGUCCAACGAAGAUGACAGCGAUGAGGAAGGCGGCGCCUCUGCUUCGGCUUCCACUCCUGCAACGACUAACUCAGAGGGAGGAGAGAACCAGGCUGCAGGAACUACAUAGCGCCACCCUCGCGGGACGGCCUGCAGAGAUGCUGCUUUGGAGGCAUUUUUUUCUGCCGGCAUCUCCCCGGACACCCCCUUUGACCAACGUGGUCCCCCCAGACCAGUAACUUUUGGAUAUUAGAAGUCUAGCUCCAGGAAAUAACUUCUUCCCUCCACCCACCCCACCAGUGCCGGAAUAUCUCCAACCCCACCAACCGAUCUGCGUCAUCAGUGGAGUCCUAUUCUCCUAUUGUUUGAUUUUUCUCCUCACCCUCCACUUUUCCCUGCUCUUCCCCCCCUACUAGCAAAAAUAAAGACUUCAAAGCUUUGGUUUGGGACUUUUCUGCUCAUCAUAUUGAUGAGUGUAAAGGGUGAUUUUCCUCUACAUUUUAAAGUAUGGCACAUGUUAAGACUGCAGUUUCUACUUUGGGACCUUUCUACUUCACUGUACAGCCCCCGUACCCCCAAACAGUCCCCCUGUUCUCUGGACGCCACAUCAUCCAGAGGGGAUCCCUACCUAGCCCCGCAAUCAGCAGCGCUAGGUCUUUCCAUCCUGUUCAGCUCUUCUGCGUCGAGCCAACUCUUCCAACUCCUCCUGCUAGUCCAGCGCUACUACCCCCCAACUCGAUCAGCCCGUAUGGUUUUGGAAACUGUAAUUUAUUUUUUUUCGGGAGGCAUAAUUCUGAGAUAUUUCGUCGUGUGCUAUUUGUAAUGACUAGUGAGAGACCACCCAACUUGUCAUUAAUAGCAGUUUCGUUUGAUUUCCUAUCGCUCUAUAUUCUAGUGAAUAAAGGACUGAAACAAUGCAGCUUUCUGUUCAUGUGACAACUUUGAAGGGCAGAAAAUUCUCCAAUUUUCAUUUUUUUUUUUUUAACUUUGGACAAAUUCAAUUGUCAAUCAUCCUGCAUGUAAUCGUUUGUAUUUCUUUAAAGCAUCCCAGGGCUUUAGUAUGUUGAUACAUUUUUAUUUACAUUUGGAAAACAUGUUGGAAUUAAACUGUGUGCGUGGCGAUUCAUUGGUGUGCUAACUGUACUAUCCUUUUUGUUUUUUUUCAAACAUGUACAUUUUUGAAUAUAUCAUUCAUGUGGCACAUCAUUUUUUUCUCAUCUCCAUCUCCUUCUCCCCUUUGAAAAAAAAAAAUAAACCUCUGCCAUCAAUGUUGA